ACCUGAGGCAUGGAAAGUAACAGAGGCAAGAGUGAUUCAGUGAAAGUGAAUGGCCCUGACUCCCCUACCCAUCACUGAAGGGGGAGAGGUUGAAAAAAAAAGAAAAAGAAAAAAGGAAAGGAGCAGUGAAAGGACGGAAAGAGGGGGAAAUGACUGGGCGACUGUGUGGGAAGAGAGAGAGGAGGGGCUUAGAAAGUAUGAACUUGUGUAUGAUUAAGCUGCAGGAAGCAUUAAGAAGGGAAAAGACUGCAAACAGGACGCGGUAUACUCACUCUUUUAGCCGUUUGCUGAGGACGAGUUGCCUUAUGGCUUCUCACAGGGUGACUUUUUCCACCGGGUCACACUUUUUCUAGCGCGCUCCUUCACUCCUGAGACUUGUCUUGUUAAUAAAAUCCGGAGCAUUCAGCUUGAACCCGGGCUGUUUUUUCCUCUUUCCACCGUGCGUAAUUUCUCUCCAGGAAUCGACAUCGACAUCAACAACAACACGAGGACGUGGAAUCAAGACAGAAAUUAAAUUGGAAAAAAAAAACAACUGAGGAGAGGGUGGAGGAAGAAAAAAAAAUGAAAGUCGUCUUGGAUAUCUGCUUGAUUUUCCUCAUGCUGCACACCCCCGGCGUGCUGUCCUUGUCCACACAUGUAGCAGUAAUCUACCCCCAGGACCCCGUCCUUCGCAUGGGGUCCAACCUGACCGCCAGCUGCUGGGUCCACUCUGACCUCGGCGUCCAUGCCAGCUCUCUGUUCUGGACGCUCAACGGUCAACAGCUGCCCAGCUCCCUGUACCGAGUGCUGAGCCCGACCAAUCUCAGCGUGACGCUGGCCGGACUCAACGCCUCCAAGCAAACGUCCGGUGACAACCUGGUCUGUCACAACCACAAAGGGCACAUCUUGGCGGGCUCCUGCCUUUAUGUUGGGAUGCCUCCAGAGAAGCCGGUCAAUCUGACCUGCUGGUCCAGGAACACCAAGGACCUGACAUGCAGCUGGGCUCCAGGAGGGAAAGGAGAGACUAACAUUAGCACACAGUACACGCUCAAGUACAAACUCAGAUGGUACGGUAAGGAGAAGGAGUGCGAGGAUUACACUCACUCGCAGCCUUACUCCUGCAGCAUCACUCGGGACCUGCACCUCUUCACACCCUACGAGAUCUGGGUGGAGGCCUCCAACCAGCUGGGCCAGGCUACCUCUGAUGUCAUCACCCUCGACAUCCUAGACGUGGUGACCACAGACCCUCCGUCAGGUGUUACUGUCAGUCGUGUCGGGCAGUUGGAGGACCAGCUGAGCGUUCGCUGGGAGGCCCCACCCGCUCUCAAAGACUUUCUGUUUCAGGCCAAAUACCAGAUCCGCUACAGACUGGAGGACAGCCAAGACUGGAAGGUGAUGGAUGACGUUGGGAAUCAGACAUCUUGUAGACUGGCUGGACUGAGACCCGGGACGGUGUACUUUGUUCAGGUCCGCUGCAACCCCGUGGGCAUCUACGGCUCUCGCAAAGCCGGGAUCUGGAGUGAGUGGAGCCAUCCUACCGCUGCGUCCACACCCCACAGUGAGCGGUUGAUGUCGGGCUCCUGCGACUCAAAGUCGAGCGGGGACUCCAACUCCACCCUGCGCAGGGAGCUGAAGCAGUUUUUCGGCUGGGUGCGGAAACACGCCUACGGCUGCAGCAGCAUGUCCAUGAAGCUGUACGACCAGUGGAGAGUGCUGAUGCAGAAAUCCCACAAAGCUCGCAACCAGGUAGGUUCUCCAAGGGGAUAAAUCCUAGCACACGCUGCCUUUUCAAGCAGAAAACAAGUCAAGAAAAGAACUGAGUGAGUGUGUUUUUUGUCUAUGUGUGUGUGUGUGCGCGUGUGUGUGAGAGAGAAAGAGAGAUUGUAAUCUUAUAUGGGAAUUAUAAGACAUUUUGCUCUGGACAUUUUGUGCAAAUACCAGCCAUGGUCACGAGAGGACAUCCAGUGAGAAACUGUGGGAUUUUAUUCAUCUUUUCCAGUCGACACCAGCACUUUUUGUUGUCUGAAAAGGUGCAACCGGGGAGGGACUGAGAAGGUGGACUCGCCACGGAUAUCCUGGUAUCAUCAUUAGAAAGACACCAUGCGGACUACUCUGCUUUCUCAAAGGAUGUUGUAGCAUGAAUAAGUCGGGCAUCAGUACAGACGUUUUGACAUGUACCUGCUUUAAAUGUGCACAGAGGUGAUCAAACCACAUUCAGAGCAUCUAAAAGUAUUCUGCCGGAUCUCCUGUGGAUCCAAAGCACCAUCUAGUGGCUGUUCAGCAUCCGUGGAUACUCCAAAUCAAAGCUUUCACUGUGGUCCUGAUGUAAAAACGAAAAAAGUAUCAUUCAGUAUUUCUAGUGUCAUGAUUUGUUAUAUAAGUGGGUAAACGUGCCAAACUGGUUCACCCAGCAUUCAUGUGUUUCUGAGCGACAGUAUGUGACUGAUGACAUGAUGGUGUUUGUGUAUGGAGACGUUUCACUGCCUUUAUUUUUGUACUGAAUUGUACCAGCAUAUUUAAAACUGUAUAAAGUUAUGUUUUAUUUCUUAAGUUAUGUUUAGUUAGUAAAGAAAUAUCAAUGACUGAAGUUGUUUUUAUCAAUCCCUAAUGUUGUUCUAUAAAAAUGUCAGAAACAAAUGAGUUGUGUGCGCACUACAGCAACAAAGCAGACACGAUGAUGAACACACCUCCGCUCCUCCUGUUAUCUUUCACGUCCACUUGAUUUGGAUAGUCUCUCA